GGGGAUUGGAACACCUGAAUCACAUGAUAUGGAGGGGAUUGGAACGCCUGAAUCACAUGAUAUGGAGGGGAUUGGAACACCUGAAUCACAUGAUUGGGAGGAGAUUGGAACACCUGAAUCACAUGAUAUAGAGGGGAUUGGAACACCUGAAUCACAUGAUAUAGAGGGGAUUGGGACAUCUGAAUCACAUGAUUGGGAGGGGAUUGGAACACCUGAAUAACAUGAUAUGGAGGGGAUGGGAACAACUGAAUCACAUGAUUGGGAGGGGAUUGGAACACCUGAAUCACAAGAUAUGGAGAGGAUUGGAACACCUGAAUCACAUUGAUAUGGAGAGGAUUGGAACACCUGAAUCACGUGAUAUGGAGGGGAUUGGAACACCUGAAUCACAUGAUUAGGAGG